AUGUGGGUGCUGCUGCAGGCCUUCUCCGUCGCCUUGUCCGUGAUGAUAGUGAACGCGCUGAAGGUCUACGCCGGUCGACUGCGGCCCGACUUUCUUUCCCGCCUCCGCAACGAGGGCUUCAACGCCAGCAGCGUGGGCGUGGACUGGUGCACUGUGGCCAACGAGGGCCGCCUAUCGUUUCCAUCCGGCCACAGCAGCGCGGGCUUCUCUGCCUUCGUUCCGCUUUGCUUUUACGUGCUGCACUCGCUGCAUGCGUUUCGCCGCAGCGGUGUGUCGUUGUGGCGCAUCCUGAUCGGUCUUACUCCACUCAUCCUCCCCAUCACCGUGGCGGUAUCGCGGACGCGUGAUAACCGCCAUAACUUCGACGACAUCCUCGCAGGCAGCCUGAUCGGCAUCUUCACCGCUUUGGUUGCUGUGAGGGCGACAAUGGUGGUGAAUUAUGGCACGGGCCAGUUGACGCCCCGGUUUGCCUACUAUGCCUAG